AUGCUUGCCGGCUCUGGCUCCGGAUCUGAGCAGGAGGCUGGAUUUUCCACGGACGCCGGCUCUAGCUCCGGUGAACCCGACACCGACGACGAGAUUGCUGGGUCCAAGCUAGUAAAGUCGAAGAAGACAUUGAAACGGAAACGGCGCGCGACGGAUGCAGUCAACUUCGGUGCGACGCUGCAGUCGCUGCUGACAACCGAUGCACCCGAGGCACCACUUUCCCUCAAGCCGUCCGUAGCGAGGAAACGCAAGGAGGAAAAGCUCGAGGCAAAAGGGAAACAGGUGCUUCAGGUUGAGAGGAAGGAGAAGGAAGACAAGGGGCACAUCACCGACGUUAUAGGCGGCUGGGGCGGAGAGGGCGAGCGGGCACUGAGGAAGGUGGCUCAACGGGGAGUUGUCAAGCUUUUCAACGCCAUCCAACAGACACAGGCUGCAUCAGCAACCGCAGCGGAAGAACUCAAGUCGCACAGAGGAACGGGAAAACCAACGCUCCCCGCACCGUCAUUCCAUGACAAGAAAAAGAAGGGCAAGCCCAAGGACGCCAUCGUCGCUGAAACAAAAUUCGGUCAGGAUGACUUUUUGGACCUCAUUCGGUCCGGCGGGGUUGUUUCAAAAGCGUGA